GCGUAAAAUUUCUAAAUUUGAAUUUGAUGAUUUUGGAAAAAUCAAAGUUGAACGCCAGGACACACGACACCCAGAAAUAAGUUGGAAGGAAUCAAAUUCCCAAUUUUCUUUAAUUAUCUGUUUGAAACCAAAUCUCAUCUCAUCCAUGGCGUCUCUCCUUUGCGGUCUCUCCAUCUCCCCCUUACAUUCGCAACCCACGCGUCACUCCGAAUCCAUUGUCCCCCCAACUCUAAACAUCAAACCCCCAAAACCUUCCCGCCACGUUACGGUGCGCGCCGAGGUGAAAGAGACCGCCGCAACCGCUACUUCCUCCGACGAGAAGAUCCGUGAAAUCCUCCGCAACCGCGACUAUGAUAAGAAGUUCGGAUUCAGUAUAGAGAUCGAUUCCUUCUCGAUCCCUAAAGGCCUCUCCAAAGAAACUAUUCGUCUGAUCUCGUCCCUGAAAGAGGAACCUCAAUGGAUGCUGGAAUUCCGCUUGAAGGCAUUUGAGAAAUUCCUGUCCAUGAAAGUCCCUACCUGGUCCGACAACAGCUAUCCUCCUAUCGAUUUCCAGGAUAUCUGCUACUACUCGGAUCCCAAGAACGAACAGAAGAAACGCCCUCUGGAAUCCCUCAAAGACGCCGAUCCCGAACUCCUCCGCUACUUCGACAAGCUCGGCGUUCCUCUCAACGAGCAGAAUCGUCUCGCAAACGUCGCCGUCGACGCCGUCCUCGACAGCGUCUCCAUAGCCACCACCCACCGCAAAACCCUGGAGAAGGCCGGGGUCAUAUUCUGCUCCAUCUCCGACGCUAUUAAGGAGUACCCCGAGUUAGUCCGCAAGUACUUAGGGAGGGUCGUGCCCUCCGAUGACAACUACUACGCCGCGUUGAACUCCGCCGUCUUCAGCGACGGUUCGUUCUGCUACAUUCCCAAAGACACCAAGUGCCCGAUGCAGAUCUCUACCUACUUCAGAAUCAACGCGCUGGAAACGGGGCAGUUUGAGCGGACUUUGAUCGUUGCCGACGACAGGAGCUUUGUGGAGUAUUUGGAAGGGUGCACUGCGCCGUCAUAUGAUCGGAACCAGCUCCACGCAGCGGUGGUGGAGUUGUACUGUGGGGAAGGGGCAGAGAUAAAGUACUCCACGGUGCAGAAUUGGUAUGCUGGGGAUGAGAAUGGGAAAGGUGGGAUUUACAAUUUCGUGACAAAGAGAGGAGUGUGUGACGGGUCGCGGUCGAAGAUAUCGUGGACGCAGGUGGAGACGGGUUCUGCGAUNACGUGGAAGUAUCCGAGUGUUGUGUUGGAGGGAGAUGAUAGUGUUGGGGAGUUCUAUUCUGUUGCUUUGACGAAUAACUAUCAGCAGGCCGAUACGGGGACCAAGAUGAUACACAAAGGGAAGAACACAAGGAGUAGGAUUAUCUCUAAGGGUAUAUCGGUUGGACAUUCCAGGAACUGUUAUAGAGGGCUGGUUCAGGUUCUAUCCAAGGCGGACCAUGCGCGAAACUCAUCGCAGUGUGACUCCAUGCUUAUUGGGGACAACGCAGCUGCCAAUACCUAUCCUUACAUUCAGGUGAAAAAUCCAACUGCAAGAAUUGAACAUGAAGCCAGUACAUCUAAAAUUGGAGAAGAUCAAUUGUUCUAUUUUCAGCAAAGGGGAAUAGACUAUGAAAAAGCAAUGGCUGCAAUGAUCUCUGGCUUUUGCCGUGAUGUCUUCAAUGAGCUUCCGGAUGAAUUUGGUUCUGAGGUGAACCAACUCAUGAGCUUGAAGCUUGAGGGCUCGGUAGGUUAAACAGUUUGUUAAGCACAUUAUUUGGAAUUUGCUCAGGCCAUUAGAUCUUGAAGUUAUACAAGGCCAUAGAGGUGCUGCAUUCCAAAGGAUGUGUACAUGCUAUAUAUAGAUGUUGUCUUCAAGUUUACCACAAAAGGGCCUUCAAGCAUUACCAAUUUUCUACCUUAAUAAGUUAUCACUGUAAUCUAGUUCUUCAAUAUUGGAUGCUGUAAGUGUGGUACGGAUUCAGACACGAAGUCUAUCUCAGAGCUUAUAAAUUUGAAGGAGUUACACAUUUCCAACAGCAGUAUUACUGAUAUUGGGAUUUCCUAUUUAAGAGGUUUGGAGAAGCUUACCACAUUAAAUGGAUGCAAUAUUACUGGUGCAUGCUUGGAGUCUAUUCAUGCCUUGGCUUCCUUGGCAUGCUUAAAUCUCAGCAGAUGUGGUCUCUCCAAUGAUGGAUUUGAGAAAAUUGCUGGUCUUAAAAGCUUGAAGAGGUUAAGCUUGGCUUUUACCAGGAUCACCGGUGCAUCUUUAGUUCAUCUGAAAUGUACUUAAAACAUCAAUAUCUCAUAAGAGUGACUGUUUAAUCAACAUGCUGCUUCUCUAAAUCAAUAAAAACUCGUUUUUUUUAGUGUUUUUACACUAUUUCUGCAGACUUUUUCCCUUUGCGUUUUAAUUCCUUUUACUUUCAGUAGUUUUACAUGAACACUUNAUGUGAUCUUCAUGUUUUUCUAUCUGCAAAUUGUCCUGACUGUUACAAACUAAAAGGAGACGUGAGAAACUUUUUCUACAUUAUGAAUUUUCCUGAAGAGUUCUUCAAACUCUGAUGAUGUCUAAUGAACUAAUUUAAUUUUUGAAGUGAACGUAUUGUAAAUGAAGGAAGUAUGAAAGUCUAAUCUUAGCUUCAAAUAUCUCUUUUCAUUAUUCACACAAAAUUAUUGUCGCUAUUAAUGUGUGGUACAUGAGUUGUUAUUGUUAA